GUCAUUACGUCAUUUAUACGUCACUGUGUUGCUAAUCAAGGGGUUUUUAUGUUUUUUGUAUUAUAAUAUUGUAAAAUUUCGCAUAAAUCUACAAAAUAUUACCAUGGCCGCAAUAGGGGCAAAAUUUUUUGAGAUCUUUCGUAAUUUGAAAUCUGAUGCAGUGCCCCGACCACCGCGUCCCGAAGCUGAAGAAGUUUUCAGUGAAAAUGAUAACAGAGAGAAUGAAAGCGAAUUUAAUGGUAAUGGAGAACAGGAAGAUGUCGAUGCUGAUGUACGGAAGAAAGAAAAGAAAAAGACACCUUUCAACAACAAUUUCUUUAAACCUGGUAAAAAAAAGAAGGAUACUUUCGGAUCGCCCCCAAAGGAAGACAAAGAACAUAAACACAGCAACAACAACGUUAAUGUUCAAGCCACUGGAAAUGUAAUCAAUAUAGUGAAUUCUCGUGAUGUGCACUGGGGUAAUGAAAUUGUCUAUUACAUGGGCCCAACUAAUGUUCAGUCAAAACAGGCCAAAGAAGAUGUAGAAUACAUUGAAAAGAGUAACAUUAUCAUGCUUAUUAUGGAAGCAACAAUUCAGCCUAAUCAUGAGUAUAUAGAUUACAUAUCAAAAAACCUUGGUAAAAACUGGCACAGUGUUUUUAUAGCACUUGGAUACAGCAAAAAUAGAAUUGAAACAUUUGAGAUAGACGAAGCUGGAAAAGGCAUAGCAGAGGUUCGUUAUAAACUUCUGUUAGAUUGGGUACGUAAUGAUGAUGAUGGGACAUUGGGGAAGCUUACGACUCAGCUCUGGGAAGAAGGAGAGAGACAACUGGUUAAAGAAUUGGCCAUCAUAUACAAAAAGAACAAGCAAUAAAGAACACAUCAUAAUGAGCAUUUAAUAGUUAAUUAAAUUAUCAUUAAGAAAAUGUGAUGCUAAAACUUUUAAUAUAUCAAUAAUGCAAUUAUUGUUAUCAUAGACAAUUAUAGUCUAUGAUGUUAUAUUUGUCUGUGAUUUUAGAAGGAGAUAGUUUAUAAAAAUGAAUUUUUAUUAUAAAUGAAUGUAAUUAACAGAUAUUUAACAUAAAAUUGAAGUAACACUAAAUUGUAUCAGCUCAAAAUACUUAACACAUUCAAUGCCACUGAUUUUCAUUUAUUACUAUGAACUCACUAGGUGACUUGAUGGUUCUGAAUGUGUUAACAAAUGUUAAACUCUUUACAAAUUAACUUGUUUUGAAAUGACUUAUUAUCUAAUGAUGUGUGGCCAUAUUUUAUCAUGUUGAAAAUAUAGUAAUAUUUACCUUCAGUAGCAGAUUUUUAAAAGUAUUCCAAAAAAAAUAUUGUUCAUUUUUUUAUUAUUAUGUGAUAGAUUAGAAAAUGUUUCACAGAGAUUAAUAGUAUGAUUUGUCAUAGUCAUAACGUACUAAACGUAGAUAUGUAACCAAUAGAAAAUACGCACAAAAGUGAAGGGAAAAUAAGCUUCCGGAGGCCUUUUGUUGAGGUAUAUUGACAAUACAAAAUGACAUUUGGAAAAUAGACUCACUUUUAUGUGUAAAUCUUGUAUGAAACACAUCUAUAGGUGACAUAUCUAUAGUGAUAAAAUUAUUAGCUGUGAUUGUAUAUGGGACCUAUAUAUUAGAAAUAUUCAUAAUUAAGUUUAAUAUGUUAUUUUAUAUACUUUGUAAUCAUAACACUGUUAGAGGUAUUUAGGAAAAGUAUGUAACUAAUUUGGAAUUUUAUAUUAUUGUUAUAGGUAAAAUAUUAUGUAUUAAAAUACUACUCGUUCUUUAUGAAGGGUUAGAGAAAGUCUAAAACCUCAACACAUCCAGAGCGGGAUGGGGUAAAAAGACCAUGUUAUUAGGACCCCCUAUUGUGUUAAUCAUUCAAGUUAUUCAAUUUGUCAAUUGGGCUUAUUAAUUUUUUUCAUUCACAACUUGGAUUUAAUUUUAACUCUAUCCUGGGGCCAAAAUUAAUCUCGUGAAAAAUUAAAGAUUAA